GGGCGCUCCAUGCUGAUGUGUCCGGGAGGCGUGGCUUAGGGGAGCUGCUACUCCCUACGCCCAUACCUCGGAGGCGGUGGCUGUGGAAGACUUAGCUCUGCAGGACCAUGGCGGUGUCGGCCAGGUCUGUGCGGAGCCCUCCCAGCUCAGAUAAAGUACAGAAAGGCAAGGCUGGACAGACCUUAAAGUCCACUCAGGCCAGCUGCAUGGUGAAACUCGUGGGUUUUGAGUGGACAGAUGUAUCCAGCUGGGGGAGCCUUGUGACCCUGCUGAAUCGACCAACGGAUCCUGCAAGCUUGGGUGUCUUCCGUUUUCUCUUUGGGCUGUUGAUGGUACUGGACAUUCCCCAGGAGCGGGGGCUCAGCUCCCUGGACCGAAGAUACCUGGAUGGGCUAGACGUGUGCCGCUUCCCCUUGCUGAAUGCCCUGCAACCACUGCCACUUGAUUGGAUGUAUCUUGUCUAUACCAUCAUGUUUCUAGGGGCACUGGGCAUGAUGCUGGGCCUGUGCUACCGGAUAAGCUGUGUGUUAUUCCUGCUGCCAUACUGGUAUGUGUUUCUCCUGGACAAGACAUCGUGGAACAACCACUCCUAUCUGUAUGGUUUAUUGGCUUUUCAGCUGACAUUCAUGGAUGCAAACCACUACUGGUCUGUGGAUGGCCUGCUGAAUGCCCGAAAGCGGAAUGCCCACGUGCCCCUUUGGAACUAUGCUGUGCUGCGUGGCCAGAUUUUCAUUGUGUACUUCAUCGCGGGUGUGAAAAAGCUGGAUGCAGACUGGGUGGAGGGCUAUUCCAUGGAGCACCUGUCCCGGCACUGGCUCUUCAGUCCCUUCAAACUGAUACUGUCCGAGGAGAUGACGAGUCUGCUAGUGGUGCACUGGUGUGGACUGCUACUUGACCUCUCAGCUGGUUUCCUGCUCUUCUUCGAUGCUUCAAGAUCCAUUGGCCUCCUCUUUGUGACCUACUUCCACUGCAUGAAUUCGCAGCUUUUCAGCAUUGGUAUGUUCCCCUAUGUCAUGCUGGCUAGCAGCCCUCUCUUCUGCUCCCCUGAGUGGCCUCGGAAGCUGGUGUCUAACUGCCCCAAAAGGCUGCAAGAACUACUGCCCCUCAAGGCUGCCCCUCAGCCCAGUGCUUCCUGCAUGUAUAAGAGGAACCGGGCCAAAGGUGGCGAGAAGCCGGGCCUGCGCCAUCAGCUAGGUGCUGCCUUCACCCUGCUCUACCUCCUGGAGCAGCUUUUCCUGCCCUAUUCCCAUUUCCUCACCCAGGGCUAUAACAAUUGGACAAAUGGGCUAUAUGGCUAUUCUUGGGACAUGAUGGUGCACUCCCGUUCCCACCAGCACGUGAAGAUCACCUACCGUGAUGGCCGCACUGGCGAGCUGGGCUACCUUAACCCUGGGGUAUUCACACAGAGCCGGCGAUGGAAGGAUCACGCGGACAUGCUGAAGCAAUAUGCCACUUGCCUGAGCCGCCUGCUUCCCAAGUACAAUGUUACUGAGCCCCAGAUCUACUUUGAUAUUUGGGUCUCCAUCAAUGACCGCUUCCAGCAGAGGAUUUUUGACCCUCGUGUGGACAUUGUGCAGGCUGCCUGGUCCCCCUUCCAGCGUACAUCGUGGCUGCAGCCACUUUUGAUGGAUCUCUCCCCUUGGAGGGCCAAGUUACAGGAAAUCAAGAGCAGCUUGGAUAACCACACUGAGGUGGUCUUCAUUGCAGAUUUCCCUGGGCUGCACCUAGAGAAUUUUGUGAGUGAAGACCUGGGCAACACUAGCAUCCAGCUGCUGCAGGGGGAGGUUACUGUGGAGCUGGUGGCAGAACAGAAGAACCAGACUCUUCAGGAGGGAGAAAAAAUGCAGUUGCCUGCUGGUGAAUACCAUAAGGUGUACACAAUAUCACCCAGUCCUUCGUGUUACAUGUACAUCUAUGUCAACACUACGGAGCUUACAUUGGAGCAAGACCUGGCAUAUCUGCAAGAAUUGAAAGAGAAGGUGGAGAAUGGAAGUGAAACGGGGCCUCUACCUCCAGAGCUGCAACCUCUGCUGGAAGGAGAAGUAAAAGGAGGUCCUGAGCCAACACCUCUGGUUCAGACCUUUCUUAAACGCCAGCAAAGACUCCAGGAAAUUGAACGCCGGCGAAAAACCCCUUUCCAUGAGCGAUUCUUCCGCUUCUUGCUGCGAAAGCUCUACAUUUUUCGCCGCAGCUUCCUGAUGACUUGUAUCUCACUUCGAAAUCUGGCAUUAGGCCGCCCGUCCCUGGAGCAACUGGCCCAAGAGGUGACUUAUGCAAACUUGCGACCCUUUGAGCCAGUUGGAGAGUCUAGUCCUUCCAACACAGAUUCUUCAAAUUCUGAUCCUCCUGAACUGAAUUCUGACCAUACCCACUCAGAGUUCUAAAGGGGCCAGACAUUGGGUACAGAUGUGGGAGCAGCCAGUUACAGGACCAUUACCUGUGCAGUGGAAAUUUGAAAAAAUCCUUAUAGGCAUUUGAUAUACUGUAACGAAAAUAGUAGCUAAUUAUUUUCAAGUGCUUGUUAUGUGCUAGGCACUGUGUGAAGCACUGUGCCUGUUAUUACAUUUAGUCCUUAAUGGUCACUAUUUUACAAUUGAAGACACUGAGGUUGACAAGUAAUAUUUGUUCAAACAUAAACCUAGCAAGGGUUGGAUUGAUGGCUUGAACCUCCUGUCUGACUUAAGGUUUUGCACCCUGCCUCUUGUAAUUUUCAGAAUCACAAUAAUUCUGAAGUAACGUAGCUUAAAACUUGUUUUCUUAAGUAUUAGGAUGGUGAUCAUGUUCGAAAUGCACACAGAGCAAUUUUCUAUCUAUACAGCUGGUAAGUUUUUCACUAGCAAUUGUGAGAGUAGUUACAAUAGCAGAAUUAAACCAAUAAGGAAAUUUAGAUGACUGGUAGUAGUAGUUUCCUAAAACUAAGCUGAUUAUUUAGCAUUAUUCUAUCAUUUAGUGAGAAAGUAAUGUGAAGUAUUAACCGCACUUGGUGAGGUAUUAGGGAAUGUCUGGUCACUUUGUAGGUUUGUAUAUACAAGGAUGAUCAUGGAAACUAAUCAGUUCUGUGAAAAUUCAAGGCCUGGCACCAGGCUAGGAAGUGAGAAUGCAUAGACUUAAAAACAAAACUCAGUUUUGUAACAGAGAUUAGUAUAGUAGUAAAUUGGCAAUCCCAGUAACUUUGCUAAAGGGUUGCAUCUAUUUUCAUGCUUCUCUUAUGGCCAACCCCACCUUACCUGCUUGGACAGUGACCUCAUUCCCUGGCAGUUUUUCCACUGUACACACUUGGCAUGAAUAGGUCUAUUCCAUGGUUUCAAGUGGUGCUGCUUAGAUUUCUUUCCUGUGCCCUAGACCUAUACCUAUUUCCCCCUGGAUGUCCCACAGAGCUAUCAAAGCAGAACUUACCUUCAUCCCAAACUCAAGACCUACUCCUUUAUUAGUGAAUGACAACUGUGUCUUGACCGAGCCAUUUGAGUCAUUGGCCUUAAAUCUUUUCCUUGCAUUUCUUUUAACGUCAAGUCCUAGCAAUUCUCUUAUUUCUUAAAUUUUUCAUCUCUACUGUGUGUUCUUUCAGCCUUUGUAUUAGAAUCCAGUUAGGGAGACCAGAGCAGGGCUACAAUGUGGUUAUGCAGUUGGGGCAUGAAUAAGGGCACCCCACUGAGGCCAUGUGGGGCCUGGCACUAAGCUCUGAUUCAUACAAGCAUUGUAUGCAACGGCUGUGCCAGUGUACCUUGAGCAGUUAGUAAGAAUGGUGUGGGGGAAACACUGGUUUUAAUCUUUUUGCACAUCUCUCCAUGACAGUAUACCUCAGCAUGAUGUUAUGUCCUUUGCUAACUUGGUUCCCUAACCUUCAGCUAACCUUGGUUCCCUAACCACCAUCACCCUCUUUGGUAAGAAUAGCUCCUCACUGUGAGGGGACUUUUGCAUAAGCACUUUUAAUGUAGACAAGGAUGCUGCAACUCCCAAAUUGUUAGUAUACCAACAGUGACUCAUUUUCCCAAUGAAGAUACUGGGAUGGGAUGAAGAGGACGUAUGGUCAAUCUUAAUACUGGUCUAAGUUGUUCAAGGGAGUAAAUUAGAUUUUGUGCAAGGGCAGCUGUUUUGGGAAUAAGGUAUCAAUGUCCUUUUGGCUGGAAUACUUUUUAGUAUUUUCAUUGUGUGCCCAGCAUUUUGGUCUUUUGUCACAUAUUCCUAAUUGUAAUCACCUUCACCGUCUCAUGGUCAUACAUUCCUGUUUGUAACCACCUUCACCGUUUCAUGCCUUUGCUCCUAUCCUCCCUGGGUUAGUGCUCCUCCACCUCCCUAGCUCUAAAAUUAUCUCCCCCCCCCCUUCCCCCAGUAUAUGAUAAAGGACACUACUUAGGUAUCUUCCUAGCAAAUAUUGAACCUAACUACAAGGCAGUUACUUCUCUGGUGCUGCCCCACCAGGUUACAGGCAUCCAGACAUCCUCAGAUCACUUUAUUCAGUGAACUUAAUCUAACUUUAGACCAUAAUGCACUGAUUGACAUCUACAAACUUUACAUCCUGGAGCUUUUCUGUGUCAUGAAAGCCAAAGUUCUCAAGUUCCUGAACAAGUUAGAAAAGCUCCAUUGAUACCAAGAUAUAACUUGGCCUCCCCUCCAUUUCUAAAUCCUUAAGCCUCCAGGGAAACAGGUAUAAAGCAAGCAUUCCUUGGAUCUCACAUCUGCAGAUCAAAGCAUCAGCAUGCUAGCUGGCUCCUGUCUGUACUUUUUAGCUCCUAGACUCAAGAUAGUUAAAACUAUGUGGAUUAAUUUUCUGUAAACUGCUACAAAUACAGAUCAACCUUUUGGAAAUUUGUAUCUCCACUGUUAACUUUAAAUUUUAGUUCAUUUAUUAUCACUUUAGAUGGCAAGGUGAUUCCUGUUUAAGAACUUUUCUGAUUGUAAUGUGUGAACAUGUAAUUGCAGCCUUUUACACUUAUUUAUAAAGGGAUUAAUACUUAAAAGGUAUGCUAAUUUUUCACAUUAGUCAAGCUGAAAUGUAGUGGGUUGAAAUUUUCAAGACUGGCCCUGACCAUGGUCCCACGAGGCAAAAGGUCACCAGUUUGAUUCUGGGUCAGGGCACAUGCCUAGGUUGCAGGUUGUGUGUGUGCCAGGGCAUGAAAGGCAACCAAUCGAUGCUCCCCCACCCCCUUCCCAACUGUCUAAAAAUAAAGUUUGACUAACAGUACCACUUUCAUAAAUACAGGUAUAUCCCUUUCCAUGUUUGCAUUAAGCCACUUCACUUUCACAAAAGACAUACAUUAGUACCCAUUUGGGCUAACUGAAGGAAUCCUAUGAGGCCGUUUUUUGGUCGUGUGGUCCCCCUCCCACCCAUUUAAGUUACAGUCUUCUGCUUUUCUUCCCUUUUUCAAUUUAAAAUGGGGGAAGCCUGUAUUCUAUUAGUGGUCUUUACCCCCUUUAUCUUAGGUAAUUUGAAACCCUGGCAAUUUAAAUUAUGGCUAUUGCAGUAAGGAGACACAUGAAAUGGGCUACCACUCCAUUGGCUGAAAAAGGCAACACUUGAGAAACCAAAAUCAAAUCUUAAGGGAUAAGAUUUUCAAGCCUAUUAAAUAAAUGCCUGUAGUUAGGGUUGAGAUGAUUGCCCAGAACAAUUGAUUACAGUUAUGAUUAAUCAGGGUUCAAGAUUAUGUUUUCAGAUCAUAUUCAUACCAAAACACUUUAAAAUAAUGGACACAGUUAAGGUAGAACCUAGCAUUUAUUUAGAUCUUCAUUAAACUGUUGGAAUUGAGAACCAGACAUACGUAAUAAACCUCCAAAAAUAGAUCCUGAAAGGCACUUUCUGCUUAGAGCAAGCAGUCAUGGAAUAAGCAUGUAAACAAGCUGGCUUCUCUGUACCACACCAGCCAAGUCAGCUUUCUCCAUGGCCAGCUGCACCAGCUCUGCCCUCCCUUGUUAACACCAGCCAGAACCCCUGUAGGUCUAACCCAAGGUUUUUCUGUAGGACACCUUGGCCUACCUGGGAAUGCUGGAAACAUUAAAGGAAUCAUGGUGUUGAGGAAAAAAAAAAUCUUUUAAAAGCUGCCAUCUGAGGUGAUGGCUUCUCUGUACUUACGCCAUACCCCAGAAUACAA